GAGGCUGCAUCUCAAAAACAAACAAACAAACAAAAACGUCUAAGUUUUCUAUAACUUAUACUACCAUUGUCAGGAAAAAAUUUGUAUUAGUUUUUAAAGUAAAGAGUAUAUGAUGGGAUUUCAUCACCAGGUGAUGUCUUGACCCAGUAAUGAGUUCCCAGAGCACUGCAGGUAAAAUCAGGGUGGGUGUGUCAGUGGUCCUCGACCCAGGCUCACCUUCGAAUGAGCUGCAGAGCUUCAGAAACACACCAGUGCCCAGCCCUAAGCACAGAAGUUGAGCUCUGAUUGAUCUGUGGCCAGCAAUGGGUAGUUCUUACAGCUCCCCAGGUGGUUGUCUUGGCAGUGGUGGUGAAAACCAAUAGCUUCCUCCACCUUUAGGUCUCCAUUAAGAGUGGGCCUUGCCCUUCACCUCAGUAAAACCCACCUUCAAAAAAGAUCUGAGAAAUCCCCUCACUAGUGUUUCCAAUGGCUUGUUGUAUUUGGACUGGAGCAAAGCCUUUGGCUAAAGAGCACUUCACUCAGUUUAAGAUGUUUCACACUUUCAAAGCUGCUUGGGAGAGACUUUUCCUCCUGACCUCAAAUCAGAGGGCAGCUAAUGACUUAUUAGCAAAUAGAUCCUGGCAGGAGGUUACCUCAGAUUUCUGGUCCUUGGCGGAGGACAGGGUAGGAGGGAAACUUGCCAUGGGUUUGUAAGAAAUGCCAAAGGGAGAACAUGAGCUUGUAUGGACACAGGGAGCAAGCGAGGGGGAGAUGGACUGACUGCUGUGACUUCCCCGCAGGUCCCCCCGCAGAGGGCAGGAGAGAUGGCCAGCCCAAGGCUUCGGUGGCGUGACCAGCUGCUGUUUGUGAGCAUCAUAGUCCUCGUGGUUGUGGUCAUCUGCCUGAUGUUAUACGCUCUUCUCUGGAAGGCUGGCAACCUCAUUGACCUGCCCAACCUGAGAAUCGGCUUCUACAACUUCUGCCUGUGGAAUGAGGACACCGGCACCCUACAGUGUCACCAGUUCCCUGAGCUGGAGGCCCUGGGGGUGCCUCAGGUUGGCCUGGCCCUGGCCAGGCUUGGCAUGUACGGGGCCCUAGUCCUCACCCUCUUUGCCCCCCAGCCUCUCCUCCUAGCCCGGUGCAACAGUGAUGAGGGGGCAUGGCGGCUGGCAGUGGGCUUCCUGGCUGUGUCCUCUGUGCUGCUGGCCGGCGGCCUGGGCCUCUUCCUCUUCUAUGUGUGGAAGUGGGUCAGGCUCUCCCUCCCGGGGCCUGGGUUUCUAGCUCUGGGCAGUGCCCAGGCCUUACUCAUCCUCUUGCUUAUGGCCACGGCUGUGUUCCCUCUGAGGGCUGAGAGGGCUGAGAGCAAGCUUGGGAGCUGCUAAAGGCUUAUGUAAUUGCAAGGGUUCAGUUCCAACCAUGGUCAGAGGUGGCACAUCUGCUCAGCCAUCUCAUUUUACAGCUAACGCUGAUCUCCAGCUCCAGCGAUGGAACCCACUACAGAGGAGGUGGGGCCCCCAUAUCAAAGAGGCCAAGGGGCGGCAAGGGCAGCCAGGGCACCUGCAGCUUCUUAGUAUAAGAUUGUCUGUCCUUCAGGACUUCCAAGGCUCCCAAAGACUCCCUAAACCACGCAGCUCAUUGUCACACCAAUUCCUGCUUUAAUUAAUGGAUGUGAGCAAAUCCUCCUCUAGCUUCAGGAGGGUGGGGAGGGAGCGAUUGCUGUCACGGGGCCAGAUUUCCAGGCUGAUUUGCCAAAUGCCAAACUGAAACCUAGCAAAGACUUAUGGCAAUAAACAAGGACAUUCCAAGAGCGAGCACCUCAGUGUCUCUAGGGGCAUGGUUAAGGAGCUUCCACUCGGCCCACCAUGGUGAGUGGGCCGCCAUAAGCCAUCACUGGAACUCCAACCCCAGAGGUCCAGGAGUGAUCUCUGAGUGACUCAACAAAGACGGGACACAUAGGGUACAAAGACAAGCCUUGACUGCUUCAAAGCUUCCCUGGACCUGAAGCCAGACAGGGCAGAGGCAUCCGCUGACAAAUCACUCCCAUGAUGAGACGCUGGAGGACUCCAAAUCCUUGCUGUGAACAGGACUGGACGGCUGCGCACAUACAAACGCUGCCACCCUCCACUUCCCAACCCAGAACUUGGAAAGACAUUAGCACAACUUACACAUUGGGGAACUGUGUGUAUUUUCCAGCACCUGUGUAUUUGAAAACCUGUGUGGCAAGUGAUUUACUCAUCUAUUCCUGUCCAAAGCCACAACGAAAACAAAGGCAGAAACAUGUA